CCCAUCCCCUUCUUACGCAUGCGCGGCUCCGAGCUGGCCCCAGAGGUUCGGAGCCUUUGUCAAGCCCGGAUGGGAGGUACAGUGCCGAGCGGCCGGAACAGGCAUCCGAGGAUCGGUCUGGGGGACCUGGCCCCCCGCGGGAUCCAGGUGCCGACAUCCCGGGCCCGAGGAAGAAGCGGGGCCUGACCUGACCCGGCCUUUCCGCAGCGCCCCGAGGGCCGGCCGGCGGGAGGACGGGGCUUCUCGCUGUGACGUGCAGAGAGGUCCAGAUUGAGGAGCGGGGAGAUGGGAGCUCCGAAUCUUCGGAACUGGGAGGAUUGGGGAUCAUGGAGGCAGAUUGGGCCGAGAUGCCCGAGAAGAGAGCUACGUCUUUCCAGGAUUCUUUCUAUUCCCAAGAGAAGAGCACAGAAAAGGGAGAAGUGGCAGCUCUCUGCCUCACAGCCAGAUCCCAGGCGUCCGUGACAUUCAAGGAUGUGGCCAUGGACCUUACCCCCGAGGAGUGGGGGAAGCUGGAUCCUGCACAGAGGGACGUGAUGCUGGAGAACUAUAGGAACCUGGUCUCGCUCUGCAUGAACACUUGUGUUUUCCAGUGCAUAGAAACUCCUUACCAGGCCCAGAUUCCUGCAGAUGUUUUAAGCUUCAUGUGGAGGUCCAUCUUCCCUCACUCCAGAUCUUCCUGUAAUUCCCGUCCUCUUUGUAGAUCAGGGAUUUGGCACUAUGCUCUACGAUAGAUGUUUGCCCAUCACAAAUAGCUAUUAGUAAGUCCCAUUUCUUUCUUUCUUCCUUUCUUUGUUU